AUGGGCGCGAAAUCGGAUUACACCCAGGGCAUCGAAAAGUCGGAUUCGACUGAUGCCAAAUCCAACGCCAACGUCAACAGAAACAACAUCGACCCCAACGAUACACCACCCAUCUACUACGACGCCGAGCCAUCAGCCCAGCCACCAAAAUACCCUACCAACCCCUCCACUUCUUCUACAGACCCGCAAAAGCAGCCUACAUCACGCCCCGCACCCACAAACCAACGACACAGCAGCGGCGCACCCGCAAGUACCAUCGCAGCAGUCCUCGGUUCCGAAUAUACCGAUUUAGACGCUCAGCGACGAGCAGACCGCAAGAAGAAAACGCUUCGCGAGCGCUGGAAUGAUUUCAAAGAAAGAAACUUUGGCGACUAUGAUCUUACUGAGGACAGGGCUGGAGCGGCGAGUUCGGCUGAGUGGAAUGUGCAGGGUGGGAGGCUGAAGGGAGGGAUGGCGAGUCCGUAUCGGAGGAAGGGGAAGUGA